CUCUCGGAUGGUCUCCCUCUGGUCCAGGAUGGUCUCCUUGUGUCGCAGCAGACUCUCGCGCAGGUGCAGCGUGGCGGCCUUGGCCUCGCCGCUCGCACCCCACCAGCCGGCCGGAGGCGCGCUCGAUUGACGGGCCGCGUCGGCGGCGGGGAAGCAGGCGGGGUCGGCGUCCGGCGGAAUGGGGGUGCACACCAAGCGCGGCUGCGCGCCACCGCCGUACAAGUCGUUCAGGUCCCGAGUGGAAGACGUGGGCAGCAGGAGCAGAGAGAGGAGGAUGACCAACGGAGGCGCCGUUUUCCUUUUUCUCUCCAUCCUUCUGAGGACUCGGCAUCAAAGUCCGAAGGCCAUCGUCCGGGCGGCCGAUGGAUUCUUGGGUCCUUCACCGAUUUCUGGGAUGGAACUGCAAAACCACAGCCACAGACUCCGCCUCCAAGGGGACCCGAUCGCUUACCUUCCAAGACCGCGCCCGAUGCCGUCGUAUGGGCAAACACCGGACAUGCCGGCACGCGAGCUGCUGACCUGAUUGGCACCGCGUUCGACUGGCAGUCAACGAGGUGGCGGCAGGACACGUCGCCGCUUUAAGGGUGAAAGGCGAGGGCGAGCGAGAGAGAGAGAGAGAGAGCGCAUGUGAAAAAGGGGUGGAGGGGAGUUGAGAUUUAGUGGCCCGCCUGGUGAAACAAUCCCCCCACUCACUGAAGCCACCCGACACAAGAAGAGAGAGGACAGCUCAUCAGGAACUCUCGCUCGCUCGCCUCUUCCGACUUUGAGAUGAGAACACGCUCGUCCUGACCAAGGAAGAGCGAGACCCGUCAGGAACAACACACUCGGAAGAGAGAAGCCGCAGAAGCACAAAAUGUCACGAACGGACGAGGUCAACAAGAUGACGGAAAAUGUUUAUAAGGGGAUCCUGGACCACUUUAACCCCAGCUUGAAGAAUUUUGUCACUAUGGGAAAACACUACGAGAAAGCCCUCACAGGAGUGACAGUGGCAGCGAAGGGCUACUUUGACGCUCUGGUCAAGCUGGGAGAGCUGGCCAGCGACAGCCAAGGCUCCAAGGAGCUGGGAGACACCUUAUUUCAAAUGGCCGAGGUCCACAGACAGAUCCAGGUGCAACUGGAAGACGUGCUCAAGUUGUUUCAUUCCGAGCUGCUGGCCCAGCUGGAGCAGAAGCUGGAGGCGGACAUAAAAUACCUCACAGCCACACUAAAGAAGUACCAGAACGAGCGGCGGUCCAAGACCGAUUCCAUCGAGCGUUGCCAGGCGCAGCUGAAGAAGCUGCGCAGGAAGAGCCUGGGCAGCCGCCACCCGAACAAGUAUGGAGACCGAGAGAUGCAGUUUGUGGAGCUGAUGAGUCGGCGCCAAGUGGAGCUGGACACGCUGGUCGCGACGGGUUACAGGUCGGCGCUGACCGAGGAGAGGAGGCGAUACUGCUUCCUGGUGGAUCGGCAGUGUUGCGUGACCAAGCUGCUCAUCAACUACCACUGCAAGGUGAAGGAGCUCCUGUCCCAAAAACUGUCGUCGUGGCAGCAGUCGUGCACUCAGCCGACCAAACUACCCGAGCGCGCUCUCAACUUGCUGCGUCACACGGCGCCACAGAGCUCCGGGGCUGCCGGCAUCGCCGAGGUCCUCCGACACACCAAGCUGGGCUGCUCUCAGCCGGAACAGAGGCUGUCGGUUCAAGAGGUGCCACCUCUGUUGAAUGGCGACCGCUCCCAGCAGCAGCAGCAGCAGCAACACUCGCCCCCCUCCUCAUCCUCCCAGAGCGACGCCUGCCCUCAGGACUCUCCGCAGACCUUCCGGUCCGCGUCCGCCACCGGAACCCCGUCGAGAGGAGCGUCCCCUCAGCACAGCUGCUCGCCGCUCACCGCCUCGGCGACCAAUCCCCCGGCCGACAGCGGCAGCCCCGCCGCGUCCACUCCCACAGGAGGCGCGACGGCGCAGCCCCCCCCAUCCUCUCUCCUCUUGGCCGCCAACACCAGCAACCUGUCGCCGAGCCUCAUCCCCUCCACCGUCAUGUCGCUCAGCCAGGUGCCCCCGAGCGAAAGCGCCUCGCAGGGCGUCACGCUGGCCAUUCCGCACAGCGCCCCCCACAGCCCCACGCUGCCCCACAGCGCCCCCCUGUCCAGGGCUAUGACUCCCGUGCAGCUGCUGCACCAACAGGUGGGGCCGGGAGGGAACAACACUCUCCCCGUCGCUCAUCCUUGGCUGAAGAAGACUGCCGAGAUGUGCGCCACGUCCACUCUGCCGCUUCCCAAGCGGCCCGGCGCUGAGAUGAGGCCGGGCGGCUUUCAAGGCGGCAGGAUGCUGCCUCUUUUGGGGCCCACGCGGGUGGAGGCCAUGUUUGCUCACUCGCCCGGCGCGUCGGAAGGAGGCGGGGGAGGCGGCGGAGCUUCCUUGCUGCACUUCCUGCCGGGGGACGGCAUCACCCUGCUGAUUUCUGAGCCGAGAGACGGCUGGCACUACGGGCAGAAUGAUCGCACCGGGCGGAAGGGCUGGUUCCCUUUCUCCUACACUCAGCCACAACAUGGCAGGACGGAUCACCUCGAGAGGCGAGUCAGCCUUGACCACACACCCAAAAGCUCCUUUUUCCUUUCCAAGGCCAACAGCACCAGCAUGAGCCAGCUGGACCAACUGGUGUCUCCCAAUCUCAGCCCCGAGUCGGCGGAGGAGCGCUCCUUCCCUCCCCAGAGGAUCAGCACCUUCCGGCCACGCCCGUACAGCAUGGCCGACUCCAACAGGAUCUGUGCGCAGUUGGCCUCCUCGCCGCCGUCUCCAACGAGGACCAACCCGUUUGCCCACAUACGUCUCCGAAGAACCGUCACCAACGAUCGCUCGGCGCCAAUCAUCGAGUGAGCGCUCUGCUUUUGGGGACAGAACACAUCAUUGCUUCAAGAGUACCACCCCUCCCCCACCCCUCCUCUCUGUUUUCUUUUCAUUUCAUUUAUUGUGAUGCAAGUUAGUUGUGUGGCUUUUUUUUUUCUAAAGGUGGAUGUGUAGAGCUGAUCUGUGAUCCAUCAAAAUUGUUCAGUGUGACUAAAACGGGGGCUGGGCCAAUGCGUUCUGAUCAGGGAAGUCCUGCGAGGGCUCGACUAAAGUCAUGAAAAAUAAUACCAAGAUACUGUCAAUGUUUUGAGGCCCACCACUGCUCCAGAUAAACACCAAUGCUCAAAAUCAACAUCAUUUUAUUUUAUUUUAUUUUUUUGGAUCAUCUGCUGUAAUCGACAUUUUUCGGCUUCUCUCUAACAACUCUUUUGCCGGUCGUUAGCCUUUUGUUUGCCUUCUUGCCUCACUCACAGAGGUGCUUUUAGCUGAGUGUGUUGCAGGAUUGGCUUCUAUUCUAUAGAUUGAGGAACAUCUGCAGUCGAGUCAAGACAAUUAACUCCACUGCAGCCAAAUAAGCUACGGUAAUUAGCUGAUAAAUUCAGAUUGUGACCUUAGGUGGCAUAUAGUUUUAGAUUCAGGUGUUUUUGGCACUGCUUUCAAGAUGUUAUUGUAUACAUUAGGAUUUCUCAGUUGUGUGUGUGUGUGUGUGUGUGUGUGUGUGUAUGUGUGUGUGUGUAACAGGCUGAGGCCAGUAAUCGACAAACAUGCUGCUGCUUUGAUAUUGCGUAUGACCAGUGUUGCUCUUCACCUUGUUUAGUGUAAUGUUCUCGACAUUUUUGAGGUCCGGGACAUCUGCUUAUUUUUGCCCAACCCUGAGAAUUGACACCCCACACCCCCGUCACUUCAUCUGAAACAGGCAGAGUUUUUUUUUUUUUGUCGUCAGUCUGAUGACCCGACUUUCCAAAUGCUAACUUGAUCCUUGCAAGUUAGCACUUUUAGCCGUAGCUUCUUCCUGCUGAUGUUUCAACAUAAAAGAUGAAUUAAGUCACCAUCCCACAGAAAUGUUCGGGAUUUUGUAAUUUUUGAAACGAAUGCAGCUGAUGUUAAAUUUGCAUUAACACUCUGCCAUAGUAACUUGAACAAUGCAAAUGUGAGCGAGAGCCCCCCCCCACCCAAGACCCCCUUCCGGGGUAAAAAAAAAAAACAUUCUGUCAUGUAGUUAUAUCCACUGUGAGGUAAACUUAAAAUGUAGUUAAUUCAUGAUGAAGUUGUCUCUCGGUAGAAGCCAGUUUUAAAACUGCACGAGAGCAGUGGGUCACCUGGACUGCAGGAUGCUUUUAUUUUAAGGUUGUUGGGUUUUUUUUUUCGAAAGGAAGAAGAAAGUCGUGGAGGAAAAGUCAAUAUUUUAGUCUCUGGAGGUUUUUGAUUCCUUUUCAGUCCCCCGAUACAAAGCGAGUCAUCAUGAGGGUGGGAUGCACCAUCAUUGUUUGCGUUUACCCAGGAGACUCGGCAGAAUCUUGUGUUGGUCAAAGGUUUGCAGUACUGUAUUGGAAAGUGCUGGAGAAGGUUUACAGGAAAGUUGUCGGAAGCGUUCAUUGCUCAGCGAGAGAUCAAAUGCCUUUUCGUUAGCUCUGUAGCCAGAAGAGAAAGAUGGCGUUUGUAAAGCCAAUGUUGUAACUGCUAUGAUGUGAUACUUGCAGUUCCUCGAGGGAGAUGACAUCAUCAAGACUAACGGCCGCCCCCAUAAUCUUCUUCCAAUUUGAAAUGCUAACAAACACUAUGCAAAUGUUUCGACAUUAGCCAUGUGAAAUUGUAUACAAAGUAAAGAGUCUAGUUGGCUGCGGUUUCCUAACAAGAGUAAUAAUGAAUACUGACAUUGAGCAAAAUAAAGAAAAAUCUGUGGCAGACAC